AUGAGACUACAAAUCAAGUAGAAUACCAAAACUAGUGAUAUGGAGAGAAAAGAUAUAAAGAGAAGCUACUCUUCUUCAAAUUUUUUAAAAAAAGAUAACAAAGGAAAUAAUAAUUAUUUAUAAGAUGGCAACAUAUCGAUACCUAGUGUUAGAUAUAUAGAAGGAGCUGCAAAAUAAAAUUAAACUUUAACUCUUACAUUAAAUAAAUCUCCAUCAAAAAAUAUUAAAUUAGAUGAAAACACAUCAGGUAUUAAUCAAUCUGUUUUUAGAAAAAUAGACUCUAAUAUCAUAAAUAAUAAUAAUGGGUUUAAAGGACUUCACUACCACACACCUUCAAUGGACAAAGAAUUAAAAAAUCUAACUCAAUAAUUAGCAGUAGAGCGCUCUGAAAUAGAGUCUGAAUUAAAAAAGGCAUAAAAAGAAGCUUGCAAAUGGAAGGAAAAAUAUGAAUAGCUUUUUAAAUGCUAAUAAAAUAAAGAUAAUCUAUACCAAAAGAGCAAUUAUAGUAUCAAUGAAAGUGAUAAUAUUUUUAAAAGCUAAAGUGACUUGAAUAAAAAUUUUAAUGAUUCUACUAACUCAUUAUAUAACUAAUAGAAUACUUAAAGGACAAAUAUCUCAGAAAGAGAUGUAAAGCUAUUGGCUUAAAAAUUUGCAUUAGAAAGAGUAGGGCUUGAAAAUUAAAUAAAAUGUCUUUAAAAUCAAUAAAUUAACUUGGAAGGAGAAGUGCAAAACUAAAUUUAAGAAAAUCAGCAUUUAAGAAAUAUGUGCAAGGAAAUUGAAAAAGAAAAGGACUAAGAAGUCAUCAAUUUUAAAAGAAAGCUUUAAGAAAAUGAAAUUGAACUGAAAAAUAAUAUUUAAGAAGAGUUUAUUAAACUUGGAGAGAAUUUCAAUCAGGAAAAAGCAAGUUUAUUAAAGUAAUUGCAAACAGCAGAAGAGGAACUGGAAUAGGUCAAGAGGGAAAAUUAAAUUUUGGUAGAUACAAUACACCAAUUAAAUUAAAAAAGCAAAUCACAAUACGAAGUGAUAUAAACUUUAAGCUCCUCUAAAUCUGAAGCUAGCAUUUUAUUUUAAAAAGUUAGUUAACUUGAAAAUGAAUUAUAAGCUAUUAGUGAUCAAUUAUAGAAAGAAUAUGAAAAUAAAUAAGCAUUAACUAGUAGGUAUGAUACAGAAAGAACAAAGGUAGAUCAAUAUUAAUUUUAACUUGAAGAGCAAAAGAUGUUGUGUGAUUAAUUGAAUGUUUAGUAAAUAGAACUUAAAAGUAGAAACCAAGAGCUUUUGAAUUAGAUUAAGCAGGAAUAACUUAUUACAGAAUAACUUAGAAUAGAAAAUUACAGAUAUUAGGAGCAGCUAGAGUAAAAUGAAUGCUAUAGCGUUGAAAACAAUUAUUUGAAUUUGUACUAAGAGGAGAGAGAAAAAAACAGUGAUCUACUAGAAUAAAUAGAAGAAUAAAAUUUAAUGAUAUAAUAAAUGAAAGAAAGGACAAAAAUAUUAGAAGAAAUUUCAAAAACAAACUAAGAAAACUUCUAAAUUUAGAAUUAGAAUUUUUAGAACCUAGACAAGGAAAAUGCAAACAUAAAAGCUGAAAUGAAAAAGUUAGAAUAUAGAUGCAAAAUGUUGGAAGAUUGUUUAUCAAGCAGCUAAAAAAAUUUAGGGGAAAAAGAAGGCUAAUUAGGAAUUUUAGAAAUCGAAUUAUAAAGUAAAUAAAAUUUACUAAGCUAAUAAUAAGAAAUGGUAUCAAACUUACAAUUCUAGUUAAAAGAUCAUCAUAAUAAUGCCAUUUAUCAGCAACAAAUAAGUUAAUUAAAUGUAGAUUUGGGCAUAUUAAAAAAUAGAUUUUAAGAUAUGGAGCAUGAAAAUAAAAAAUUAAAGCUCUAAGAAUAGCUUUUUAAAGACUAAAUAUCUUAGUAUAAUCAAUAGCUCAUGAAUAAUGAAAAAGAAUUUAACAUACUUUUAAAGGAAAAAACUGAAAUGUAUGAUAAAUAAAUACAAGAGCUGAAAAAAGUAAUAGAAGAUAAAAAUUAUCUUAUUUAAGAAUUGGAGUUCUCCAACAAUCAAAAGGAGUCCGCUAUUUUUACAGAUUAUAAUCCAAAAAAGCUUGACACAGAAAGAAGUGAGAUCAACAUAAGAAAUCUAGAAACUGUAUACGAAUAAAGAAUCAAUUAGAUUUAGCAUAACUAAAUAUUAGAAGAAGAAAAACUUACUAAUAUGCUUUAAACUAAGAACAGUGAAAUAAAGAUACUACAAACUAAAAUAGAUGAGUAUCUUAGAAAAAUGGAACUCCUUUCCAGUGAAAUGGAUAAGCUACAAGAAAUUAUAUCAUAAAAAGACAGCUAAAACAUCUAGCUGUCCUAAGAGAUAAACAAGCUUUAAUUACAAAUUCAACAAAAUUUUAUUAAUCACAGUAAUUAAGCUAGCAGCACUCUCUAAUAAGGCUAGUCACAAAUAUCUGGGUUGAUGUAUGAAAUAGAAUAAAUCAAACUUUAAAUGAAGGAUUAAAGUUAAAAAGACGAAAAAAUUAAGCAAGAUUUGGAGUCAAAUUUAAAAUUGCUUAGAUCAGAGUUAGAUUAAAAAAAUGAGGAAUGUAUAUUAUUGCUAACUCAAAAAUCUGAAUUAAUGGCUUCAUGCUUUUCUAAAGACAAUACAAUUAAUUUGUAGAAAAAUGAGUUGAUUUAAAUGGGUAAAAAAAUGAGCUAGUUGGAAGAAGAGAGUAACUACUUGAAAGCUAAUUAAAGAAAAUUUUAGAAUAAAGAUAAAGUAAUUCAGUAUGGCGGGUAUGGUUUUAACCUAAACUUUUUUGAAAAGAAAUAAGAAUAAAAGCUAAAUGAAAGUAACUUUUUAUAGUAAGAUCUUUGCGUGGAAAAUACGAAAAAGUCUAAUGACAUCAAUCAACUACAAAGAGUUGAUGAAAGACCGAAUAAUAGUGAUCUUGAAAAAAUUUAAUCUAGUGCUCUUAAAAACCAAGAUUAAUAAAAGGGAGAAGUUGAAAUGUUAAAAGAAUAAAUAACUAUUUUUAGUACAUAGAUUGAGUCAAAAGACCAUGCUAUUCAAACUUUGCGAACAGAAUUAUCAAAAUGUAAAAAAGAAGUAGAAGAAACUAGAUAAAAUUUGGAGAUUUCAGAGUAAAAUUUAAUUCAUCUUAGAGAAAGUAUAGUAAAAAUUUUAGAUGAAAAUUAAAGACUCCACAAUAGGAUAACUGAAUUUCAGUAAAAUAAUAGCUAGUAAAGUCAAAAUGUAAUUCAAAAAAAUUAAUUUGUGGGAAAUCUCAGUAAAUUUAGUAAUGAAUCAGACAGUUAAACUUAGUAGAUAAAUGAGUAAAAAAUUCAAGAGCUGAUUCAAAUAAUAGAUAAAUGUUAAUUCGAUAAAGUACUUUUAGCUUAAGAAGUUGAAAGACUCUAAAAUUAGCUUUAAUAUAAAUAGAAAGAGCUGGAAAAAUAAAAAGAAUAGAUUAGUGAAACUUUUUAAAAUAAAAUUGAUGCAAAAGUUGAACAGUAAAAUCAAUUAAAUGAUGAGCAUUUCCUUUAUAAAAAAAUAAAUUAUUUAGAAAACAAAAACAUCUAAUAAUAAUGCGUAGUAUUUGAUGAAAAUCUAGAUUAGCAAUAAAAAAGGAUUGAAUUGGAGAAAAAGAUUAGAAAAAAUUUUGAAGAAGAAAUCAAAUCACUUGUUUCUUAAUAUCUAAUAUAGAAAUGUAUGUAUGAAAGAAUAAUAGCUGAAUUGAAAUUACAACUCGGUGUAUUAUAAAAUCAACUCGAUGAGCAGGACGAACUUGUCAGAUUUUAUGAAAAUCAAUCACUUCAAAAAUCAUAAAAUGACGAACUGAAAAAGCUAGUUGAAAUAAAGAUUUCGGAAAAUAAAUCCCUACAACUCAGGCUUGAAGCAACGGAAAGGCAGAAAAACGAGGAAGUAAGAAAAUUAAAAAAAGAAAUAAAAAAGAUAAACGAUGAACGAUUAGACAAAAGUAGUUUUGAGCUAUAUGCAGAAAGAAUAGGUUAUUAAGUUUCGAUUCAUGAAAAAGAACUCAAAAUUUAAGAACUAGAAAAGCUUAUAGAAAUAUACCAAAAGAAAGAUAAAAAUACUGCUAAAAAAAGAACAGAUUCAAUAGAAGUGCUAAAAUAAAUUUAAGAUCGAAAUGCUUGGUAAGUAGAAUUUUCAAAACUAAUAGAAGAACUCAGGAUCGAAAAUGAAUAGCUUAAUAAAAAUAUGUUUGAGUAACAAUAAACUAUAGCCAAAUUAUAGUUAUAGAAUGCUUCCUUAAUAAUUUCAGAUAGUUAUUAUAUCAUUUCGAAAUGA